AAAAUGCAGACAAGAGUGUCUUAAGAUUAUCGUAAUGAUCAUAAUUAAUGCUUAUGUAGCACUUUCAAUGUGCCAAGAAAUUGUUGUAGGCACUUUGCACAUUAACUUUUUUCAAAUCGCUCUUGUUUUUUUAUUUUUUUAUUGCGAUGUAAUUCAUAAUUAUAAAAUUCACCCUUUUGUACAGUCAGUGGAUUUUAGUAUAUAUUCAAGAGGUUCAGCACUGUCUAGUUGCUCAGCAUUUUCGUCAUCUCAGAAGGAAAUCUCUUCCUACCCAUUAAAGCAGUCACAUCCCAUCCUCUCCCUCUCCUAGUCCUUGGCAACCACUAGUCUGCUAUCUUUGUGAAAUUGCCUAUUCUGAAUAUUUCCUAAGAAAUCAUGCAACAUGUGGCCUUUUGUGUAUGGCUUUUUUCACUUAUAACGUUCUUGAGGUCCAUCAUUGUUGUGACACUUGUUCCUUUUUAUGGCUGUGUAGUAUUCCAUUGUAUGGAUGUAUCAUUUUGUUCAUCCAUUCAUCAGUUGAUGAACAUUUAGGUUGUUUCCCCUUUUUGACUGUUGUGACUAAUGCUAAUGUGAAUAUUCUUACGUAAUAUUUUUGUGUGUGUAUGUUUUCAUUUCCCUUGGGUAUACAUACUUAGGAGUAAAAUUGCUGGGUCAUAUGGUAACUCUUUAACUUUUUGAGGAACCACAAACUGUUUCCUGUAGAAGCUGCACCAUUUUAAAUUUCCUCCAGCAAUGUGUGAAGAUGCAUAUUACCUCUUAAUUCUCACAAUAGCCUUGAGAGUUAAGUUAUUAUCCUAAUCUUUUAAGUGGGGAAACUGACCCACAGAGAGAUUCAGUACCUUUUCCAAAAAUCGCAGAGCUAAGAAGUGACAGAAUCAGGAUUUAAAAUCUGGCAGUGUGGCUCUACAAUCUGCUUUGAACUUUAACAUAAUAUGUACAAAGCCUGAAGCAAAUUCUCAGUACUGUAUUUAAGAGGGCAUAGCAAUUAAGAAGAAAAAGAGCAAAGGUAAGAAGAGAAAAAGAGAAGAAUAUGAAGAAACCCAGCUUGAUGAUGUUGGGGAAAAUGGUUUUAUUGGCCUCAGACAGCUGCUUUAUUAGAUGCAAUGAAGCAGGAGACAUAGAAGCAAAAAGUAAAACAGCAGGAGAAGAAGAAAUGAUCAAGAUUAGAUCCUGCGCUGAAAGAGAAACCAAGAAAAAAGAUGACAUUCCAGAAGAAGACAAAGGAGAUGUAAAACAAUGUGAAAUCAAUUAUGUAAAGAAAUUUCAGAGCUUCCAAGACCACAAAGUUAAAAUACGUAAAGAAGACAGUAAAAUUCCUAAAAAGGCUCAGAAAGAUGGAUUUUUGCAUGAGAUGCUUCUGGACAGGAGAGUGAAGUUGAAACCGACAGAUACUGCAAAUGACUGGGAUUUUUGUUUCUGCCUUAUCUUUUUGUGUUUUUUUCUGAAUAAAAUAUUCAGAGGAAAUGCUUUUACAGAGUUCUUGAGUUGUUGUGAAAUUGUUGUUUAGCUAGUAGCUAG